CCUUAUUUUGUACCAAUCUCUCCAUCUUCUCUUCCUCUUUCCCUCUCAAAAAAAGUUACAAUCAAUUUCUUCUCAAUGGAAUCCCAACGCCCUGUUGCCUCUCUCCCUCUCCUAGUCCUCUCGUUCGCCGCCUUUUGCUUACGUGGCGCUUUCUCCGGCUAUGGUGGCGGUUGGGACAGCGCCCACGCCACUUUCUACGGCGGCGGUGAUGCUUCCGGCACCAUGGGGGGUGCUUGUGGUUAUGGUAACUUGUAUAGUACAGGAUACGGUACAAACACAGCUGCGUUGAGUACCGCUCUUUUUAACAACGGGCUAACAUGUGGGGCGUGCUACGAGUUGACAUGCGCCAGCGGCGACCGCAAAUAUUGCCUGCCCGGCACCCUCACCGUCACCGCCACUAACUUCUGCCCGCCUAACCCGUCGCUGCCCAACGACAACGGCGGGUGGUGCAAUCCUCCUCGCCAGCAUUUCGACCUGGCGGAGCCCGCUUACUUGCAAAUCGCCCAGUACAGAGCCGGAAUCGUCCCCGUCAAUUUCCGAAGGGUGCCCUGCCAAAAGAAGGGAGGGAUAAGGUUCACAGUCAACGGACACUCGUUCUUCAACCUAGUCCUGGUCACGAACGUGGGCGGUGCUGGGGACGUCCACUCCGUCUCGAUUAAAGGAUCCAGGACGGGGUGGCAAGCGAUGUCGAGGAAUUGGGGCCAGAACUGGCAAAGCAACGCCAACUUCAACGGCCAAGCCCUCUCCUUCCAAGUCACCACUAGCGACGGAAGGACCCUCGUUAGCAACAACGCUGCGCCGGCCGGUUGGCAAUUCGGACAAACAUUUUCCGGGGGACAGUUUUAAUUACUUAAGCCCAAAUUACAGUUCAAAAUGUCAUUUCUUUGUCUUUUUAAAAAAAAUUAAACUACUAGAUGAGAUAGAUUAAAAAAAAAGGAUUGAAAGUAAAAUUGAGAUAAAUUAUUAGUGUAUAUUGGCAUAAAAGGGUGAGAGAUUUGGGAGAGGCUCAAGUGCUGUGGUGGUAGGUUUGCACCCGCUUAGGCCGAUAUGUAUGCAUCGAAUAUCAAAUAGGUGCAUACUUUAUUUUAUUUUAUUUUAUUUUCCUUUUUAUUUUUCAUUUUGGUUUGAAAAUGAUAUUUAGAUGGUGGCUGUAGUUUGAUGCUGCCAUUGAAGGUAUCUAAUAUGUAUAAGUUUUCUAGAUUUAAUCCUUGAUUCAGUGAAAAUACUGAAAUUGAGAUUGAUGUGAUGAGAUUUAUAAUGAUACAAUCAUAUUUAUGUUUCAUUA